AGGCGGAAAAAAAACAUCCGCCUGCACGCCUGAAUUUUGACGCUUUUCUCAUCCCUGUUCAAUGUGAGAAUAUUUUUAAUGAAGAAGUAACUACUGUUCACCACUUAUCCACAGGUGUCCCAUUCGGGACAUUUAAGCCAUGGAAGAGACGUGGAAUUGUAAAGGCAGUCCUCUUCAACUGGCCCCCCUACAUCUCUUGGUUCCUCCUGUACGGCUCAUGUCUGCUUUCAUGUGGCAAGUAGUCCAACUGUGCAAUGUAAUCCAGUAUGACAAGUUGGCAGAAUUCAUUAGUUUGGUGACUGAGAUGGUUCCAGAUCUUCUGACUUCCAGUCAGAGCGCUCAACUCAUCCUGGGACUGAGAGCAAGGUUGGUUCUGGAGUUGUGUCGCAGUGACAGCCUGGCUAAUAUGGAGAUGAUCCAAAACCACCUGGAUAAAAUCCACAUGUGCAUCACUGACCUGAGCCCCACUCAUCAGGAGAACAGCAAGGAAGCGCUGAUGACCUCAUACACGAACUUUGCCAGCCUGGUUCAGAAGUUGUUGAAUGUUCCUUUUGAAAAGGAGUACUUCUUCCAAGAGGUGUUUCCUGCAAAAUAUGGCUCUGCUUAUGACCUUAAGCUGCAACAGCUAGUUUCUGAGUUCCUCUCCAGGCUGGAACAGCUACUGCCAGCACCAGACUUCAAGCAGACAGCAGCCUGGCUUCCUGAAGAUCCCUCUGUGAAAGAGACUUUUGGACAGCAUCUAUCUGACCCUGCUGCACUGAAGGCUCUACUGCUUCAUCACAGACAACUGGGAACUCUGAGUGAUGGUCCUUCCUCCAGUGUGGAAGAUACCAUCCUUUUUGCAUUGGCGGUACCCUCAGAAGCAGAAGUGGAGAAGUACUAUGAGCUGGAUGGGGUACAAGAGGGCAAUUAUGAUAGGGAGGAGAGAUUGGUGAUGGAGGACUCAGAAGAUAACAAAGACUUGAGCCAAAGCCCAAAUCUCACGGCAGAUGAGGGGAUGCCAAUUAAAAAAUCCGGUCAGCUGUCCAAGUUAUACAUCUGCCCUCAGUAUUCAUUUGCUCACCAAACAAAGAAGAAGGUCUGUGAGCACAUUCAGGGGGAACAUCAACUCCGAGAGCCCCCUGAGAUAAAGAAAUUGGUAAGAAAAAGCAGAAGAAAAACUGAGCAAAAACAGAAAGACUCUAUUGUCAGACCUCAAAAGCGCAAAGUUGACUCUGAGAAAAAGAAGAAUAAAGAGAAAGAUCCUUCCAGAAAAAAGAGGGAACAUAAGCAGAGGAAGGACAAUUCAGAAAACCAGAAGGAGCCCUGCAAACAGAAGGAACCCAGGAGGGAAGACAGGAGGUUCCUCAGCACACGACUAGUAAGCAAAAACUUAACAGAAGAAGAGAAAAUUUGUCCGGAAUGUGGAAAGGUGUUUGAUCUUCCAAAUCAACUCAAGAACCACCUGAAGCUUCACACUCUCCCUUACUGUUGUAUUCAGUGUGAGAAGGGAUUCACCAGCAAGUCUGGCUUCUACCAGCACAAUCGCCUCCACAAGAAAGGACGAAGAUUCAUCUGCCCUCACUGCAACAAGGGAUUCCUUUGUUCCUACUCCCUCAAGCAGCACGAACGCAAGCACACGGAAGGCCACAACAACCUAUGCCCGGUUUGUGGAAGGCGGUUCAGCAAACUUGGCAUUGUAAGGCACAUGCUAAUGCACAGAGGAGAGAAGAAUUACUUGUGCACCACAUGCGGAAAGUCAUUUCUGUCAUCAGGAGAACUGGGAGUCCACAGUAGGAGUCACACAGGGGAAACCCCGUACACCUGCAACCACUGUGGAAAGGGGUUCUCCAACACGAGUCAUCUAAUUGUACAUGUUCGCUCACACACAGGAGAACGUCCUUACCCCUGCGUGCAGUGCACAAAACGUUUCCUCACACUGAGCUGCCUCAAGAGACAUAUGCUUACCCACGAUGGAGUGAAACCGUUCAAAUGUACAAACUGUGAGAAGGAAUUCUCUCAAUUGGGUAACCUGAAAAGACAUUUGCGAACUCACUGAACUGACAUGUGAUGUUUUGCGUUUUAUAUGUUGAACAACUGUCAAUAUGUAAAUGAAAUGGAGAAACACGUAACCAAUAUCAUGCCAUUUUUUCAAGACAGCCUUUAAAGAAUAAAGAGGCAUUUGGAAAGCCUUCA